UAGAUCCUGGGCGGAGUUUUCCAGCCACGGGUGCUGGAAGGCUCAGGAGGUUUCAGUGGCCCUGAGUGAAGAGACCCGGAGGAAGCAGGGAGCGCUGAGCCACCUACAGAGCCACCCUGUCACCCACUGCCCGAUUCAGAUUCUUCCAGCCAGAACCAGGUUCGAUGGGGCAUGGACAGUGUGCAGAAGGACGCUUGGACAAAGGGAGUAUGAUCUAAUGGUAAUAAACUGGGGGGAACUUAGCAAGGCCUGUUUGUUCAGACUCCUCUCUGUGUCCCUAUGUCUUCAGAGCUAAAGAUACUCCUUUCCUCCCGGGAUAGGAAGGGCACCUCUCGGUUGAUGAUCCUAUGACCUGCGUCUGCGGAGAAGGGCUGGAGAAGGUCAGGGAGACCUUCCCACUUCCGCUGUUUUUUCAAAUGCCAAGGUGCCAUAUUUUGGAGCAGCAUGUCAUGAACCUCAUCGCUUCCUUUCUCCUUCCCUCCCUUCCCUCCAUCCCUGCACCUUCCCACAAGCAUUUCCCUAGCCAUCCGGCAUCCUGUGCCUGGCAAAUUUGGAGCCAGACAGAAUAGCCACGUUUCCUCCUUGCCCUUGAAGUGCUCAAAAUCUAGCUGGAGAAAGGAAGAGAGAAACAUCCAGAAGAAGCGGGAAGAGAGCAAGCCAGCCAUGAUCAGCACUCAGGGGCCUUUCUUCUUUCCCACGGCCCAUGUCUUCCUCUUUGUCUUCACGGCUUCCACCAUAUUUCAUCUUCAGCAGCGGCUAGCGAAGAUUCAGCCUCCCUGGUGGGAGUCACAGACGCCCGUGCUGAGGCGGGGGGGCAUCUGGACCAUCAAUGCCAUAGGCCGCCUGGGGAACCAGAUGGGCGAGUACGCCACGCUGUACGCCCUGGCCAAGAUGAACGGGCGGCCCGCCUUCAUCCCGCCCCGGAUGCACAGCACCCUGGCCCCCAUCUUCAGAAUCACCCUCCCGGUGCUGCACAGCUCCACGGAGAGCCAGAUCUACUGGCAGAACUACCACCUGAACGACUGGAUGGAGGAGCGAUACCGCCACAUCCCGGGUGAGUACGUGCGCUUCACCGGCUACCCCUGCUCCUGGACCUUCUACCACCACCUGCGCCAGGAGAUCCUCCAGGAGUUCACCCUGCAUGACCACGUGCGCGAGGAGGCCCAGACGUUUCUGCGGGGUCUGCGGGUGAAUGCGAGCUGGCCGAGCACCUUCGUGGGGGUCCACGUGCGCCGGGGGGACUAUGUCCACGUCAUGCCAAAGGCGUGGAAGGGUGUGGUAGCUGACCGGGGAUACCUCGAGCAGGCCAUGGACUGGUUCCGGGCGCGCUACAGCUCCCCAGUCUUCGUGGUCACCAGCAACGGCAUGGCCUGGUGCCGGGAGAACAUCAACACCUCCCACGGGGAUGUGGUGUUUGCUGGCGAUGGCAUUGAGGGCUCACCUGGCAAGGACUUUGCGCUGCUGAUGCAGUGUAACCACACCAUCAUGACCAUUGGCACGUUUGGGAUCUGGGCCGCCUAUCUGGCUGGUGGACAGACCAUCUACCUGGCCAAUUACACUCUCCCAGACUCUCCCUUCCUCAAAGUCUUUAAGCCAGAAGCAGCCUUCCUUCCGGAGUGGGUGGGGAUCCCCGCAGACCUGUCCCCCUUACUCAAGUAUUAAUGCUAGCCUGUCCUUAGCAACCCCUUCUCCUUUUCUGACUCCCCCAAGAUCAGUUCCAAGGCAUGAGAAGAACUUUGUCACAUGUACAGAAUGUAUAAGCUCUUGCAUGAAGAUGCUUUGGGCUGCAAGUAACACAUGUCCCAACUGACUGAUUCAAGAACCAUAUUUGUGUGUCUCACAUAAGACCAGAGAUGGCCCAGCUCCAGGGUUAGUUAAUUUAGCAGAUCAACAAAGUCAUGAGUGAAACUAGCUCCAUCCAUCUUCAUGCUGUGCCUUCAUCUCGUCUUAGCCCAGUUGCCUCAUAGUCCCCAAAAGGCUGCUACACAUCCAGCUAUCACAUCUAGAUAACCUCUUGCAGAGGCAGCAAAAAGAGGCUUAUUCGUAUCUUAGGUCCCUUUGAAGAAUGAAGGAAACCUUCCUAAGCCUUUCACCAACUUCCCCCCGUAUCUCAUUGACAGGAAUUGUCACAUGCCCAUGUGGCCCAUUAGGAGACAAGGCGAAUGAGACCACUGGGACUGGCUUAGCCUCAGGUCCUGCAGCUGGGGAGUUUACUAGCCACCUCUAAAGGACAUGGCAACUUGCAGAAAACUGGGGUUUUGUCAAGGAAGAAGGGGGAAUGGCCUUAGAGUAGAUAAUGGGGUUGCCCCAAAUGGUUGUGUAAGUUGUUCACUAUACAAAGGCACCUGGUCAGGAAGGCAAGUGGGCUUAAACAGGCCCACAAUCUACUCACCAAGCCAGGUGUCCUCGGGUCUGUUUCCAUCCAAAGGGCUCACUUUUUUCUAAUUAGUCCGUCCAGAAGGGGAGCCUUGUUCCAGUUUGCACAAAAGCACCACAUUGGCUAGUACCUCGUAUGUGCCAAGAUCAUCUGCCCCACCUCUGCAACCAUGGCCUCCUUGGGCCUGGGAUGAUUAUCCGUGAGAACUCAGGGACCAGUGUGGCUCAGUGAACUUGAGGGCAUUCCAUUCAUUCUUUCAGUAAAUGUUGUGGCACAUCUGUUACAUGUCAGGUAGUGAAUACCUCCCACAACAUCCUUCCCUUGUAGAGGAUUCAUUUGUAACCAUUACCUAGACAUGAAAGAAAUAUUUCUCUAACCACCAUUAUGAACACAGUCAUAGAGCCAGAUAGUCUCAGCGCUUGGGAGGCUGAGGUGGGAGGAUCACAUGAACCCAGCAGCCCAGGGCUGUAGUGCGCUACGAUCUAGCCUGUGAACAGCCACUGCACUCCAGCCUGGACAACAUAGUGAGACCCUGUUUCUAAAAAAAUAGAAAAUAAAUU